GUGACGUUUUCCCAGCCGCCGUGAGACAGAUUGGGGAGAAUGGCUGCCAGUGGAGACGUUGGAAAGCUGUUACAGGUUCAAAAUGGGACUCCAGCAAGCACAAGCUACAAUGGGGUAGAUGCCCUACAUGCCUGUAACAUCCUCCAGCAACUUAAAGCCUUGUACGACGAAGCUCAGCUGACUGACAUUGUCGUGGAGGUGGACCAUGGCAAGACAUUCUCUUGUCACAGAAAUGUUCUCGCUGCCAUCAGCCCUUACUUCAGAUCCAUGUUCACAAGUGGCCUUACAGAAAGCAGUCAGAGGGAGGUGCGAAUCGUUGGUGUGGACUCCGAGUCCAUGCAUCUGGUUCUAGACUAUGCUUACACCUCACGGGUCACCCUAACCGAGUCGAACGUGCAGGCCCUGUUCACCACAGCCAGCAUCUUCCAGAUCCCACCCCUCCAAGACCAAUGUGCCCAAUUCAUGAUCAGCCGUUUAGACCCUCAGAACUGCAUUGGGGUCUUUAUGUUUGCAGAUGCCUACGGCCACCAGGAGUUACGGGAACGCUCGCAGGACUACAUCCGGAAGAAGUUUCUUUGUGUGAUGGGAGAACAAGAGUUCCUUCAUCUGACCAAAGAACAGCUGGUCGGUAUUCUUAACAGUGAUGAUUUAAACGUGGAAAAAGAGGAACAUGUGUACGAAAGCAUAGUGCAUUGGUUGGAGUACGACUGCCCACGCAGAGAAGUGGAUUUACCGGAGGUGUUUGCCAAAUGCAUUCGUUUGCCGCUGUUAGAUGAGGCCUUUCUGAGUCGUAUACCACCGGCCUUCGGCUUGACCUUGUCCAGGGAUUCCACGGAUAAGAGUCGGAUUAACGGCACAAACGGCUGCCCGCAGAGGCUCGGUAUGACUGCAUCCGAGAUGGUUAUCUGCUUCGAUGCGGCACACAAGCACUCAGGGAAAAAGCAGACUGUGCCUUGCCUUGAUGUUGCUGUCGGUAAGGUGUACAAGCUGUGCAAGCCACCCAAUGACCUCAGAGAGGUCGGCAUUUUGGUCACGUCGGAGAAUGACAUCUUCAUCGCUGGUGGCUAUCGGCCAAGCAAUAGUGAAGUGUGCAUCGACCACCGUGCGGAAAGCGACUUUUGGCAGUACGAACACGCUGGGAACAGGUGGCUUCCACGUUCACCCAUGCUGCGGGCACGCAUCGGCUGCAGACUCGUGCACUGCUGCGGGAAACUUUUUGCUUUAGGUGGUCGGGUGUAUGAGGGGGACGGGCGAAAUGCCUUGAAAUCUGUAGAGUGCUAUGACGCUAGAGACAACUGUUGGACGGCAGUCAGUCCCAUGCCUGUGGCCAUGGAGUUUCACAGCGCAAUAGAAUACAAAGACCGCGUCUACGUACUUCAAGGGGAGUACUUCUUUUGUUUCGACCCACGCAAAGACUACUGGGGGCAUUUGCCGCCCAUGAACGUCCCCCGCACUCAAGGCUUAGCCGCCCUGCAUAAAAACUGCGUCUAUUACAUAGCGGGCAUCUGCAGGAACCACCAGCGCACGUUCACCGUGGAGGUGUACGAUAUCGAGCAGAACAUAUGGUGUCGUAAGAGAGACCUCCCCUUUGACCAAGCAACCAGCCCGUACAUAAAAGUCCUUCUGCUUCAGGGACGAUUGCAUCUGUUUGUUCGAGCUACACAGGUCAUGGUGGAAGAGCACGUGUUUCGAACCAGCCGCAAGAACUCUCUCUACCAGUACGAGGAUGAAGCCGAUCAAUGGACAAAGGUCUAUGAGACGCCGGACCGCCUCUGGGACCUCGGCCGCCAUUUUGAGUGCGUGGUGGCCAAACUCUACCCUCAGUGUCUUCAGAAAGUGCUGUGAGUGGAGAUCGUGACACGACGUGCUGUUUGAAACAGCUGGUAACUGUUUUUACAGGAGAGGGAUGGUGGUACUGUCAAAACUUGGUGCUGUCUAUGUCCCCAACAUGAGAAUUGUUGGGAAGUCUUAAAGCGUUAAUGGUUUCAAUCAAUAUACUUGAGGGUGCUGUUCGAAAAAGUUGAAGAAAAACGCAGUGUUUUACGUUGGACAGAUGUGCACUAGCCACCCACCCUAUUGCUUAUUUUACAGUUCGAUAAAGUGAAUCAUAAGUGCAAUUAUCAUAUUUGUUGCGGAUGUUGAGUAAUUUCUGCUCCAUUAUAUCUUUAAGGUGCAAGUUUUUGUUGUCGCUUCGGCUUGGGUUGUCGGCAUGCAUUGUUGGGUGACCGGAGUAGUAUGUCUUUAGCGCAAAUAAAAAAUAAUAGGUGAAAAAUAAAUAUAUAAAGCUAUAAAUAUUCAUACGGGUAUGAUGAGCCAGUUUGCUCACUGUUAGUGUGAAUACUGAUUUAUUUAGUUUUUACUGUUAUUCCUUUAGGAGUUUUCAGGUUUUCAGACGUAUAAGUUGAUCAUUCUUGCUGCCUACAAAGGGACUGUGGUUUGGUUAUUAGGGAUAUUUUGCUUGUUAGUUGCCAAGAUGUAUGCGCAGGUGGCUGGUUUUUCUUUUGUAUUUUAAAUUUGUAAGUUUCGUUAAUGUUCUUUUUUAAAAAGUAGAGCCGCAGCAGCAGUUUUUAAUUAGCUUUUCGAUUUUGCUUUUAUGAUGUUUUCUCGAGCCCAGCUCCCACAUUAAAAUCUUUAUCUUUGCAAAUUCGCAUCACCAGCCAGAUCUUUUAGUGAGGUUACAAGAUUAUACUCAGUCUCCAUAUUGGAGAAGAAAAUGGAUACCAGCUUUGUGUAGCUGAAGCAAUUUGUUGACAGCCAAACACAGUGGAAGUCAUACAAAGACAGGGGUAAACAUCAACCAAAUGGUGGCCAAAAUGUGUAUGCGAACAUUCCACUCUGAAUUACUGAAGCAUUCAAAUGGGUGCAGUUUGAAGAAAAAUCCCUCUGAAAUGCCAAAAUGUGAUGUGUUUAAGGAGUCUUAGCCUGCAUCCCAUGGCAGCAAUAACAGGUGUGUGAUGUCGUUGUAUCUUAGAUGAGGUGCAUUAGAAAUUUAAAGCUUGAUUCUCAUAUUGCUGCCUUUUUUGCUGUAGUGGGCAGAGAUGGUCACAGUUCAGAGUUGUGAAUCAGUCGACAUUUUGCAUUGUUUUUCUUAAGGCAUGUCACAGUGCCUGUUCUCACCCAGGCAUUACUAAUAUGUACAGUUUGAUGACAUUAUGUCUCAAAAGUACUAAAAGGUGCUUCAGCUUGAGACAUUCACGUCUGUUUUUUGCAAAUAAAUCAAGUCCUCCUGUUUUAGAGUUUCCAUGAAAUACUCAAUGAUCACCAUUUUUUGCAUCCUCUCAUCUUCCAUUCUCAAAGAGAAAAAUAAUUGUGUUUUGGUGCUGCUUUUUUGACAAUCUUGUACAGAAUAUACAGCAAUUCAUUUAUGGUAGGGUUUGUCAAUGCUUGACACUUCCAAAAUGUGUCAGUCUUAUAAGUUAUUCUGUUGUUUUUCUGGCCUCAUGUUUAUUUGGUUCCCUGAUUUUGCACUACAUGUUUUCCUCCGAAUCCUUUAGAGGUUUAAGAAUACAGCGCUCUUGUUUUCAGUCACAGACUCGAUAAACGGCACCUUUAAAUGGGACAGCUGAUGUGCUUGUGCUGGGCUUCGCUCAUUGGCGCCUGCAAUACUGAGCCUCAUCUGGGGUUUCAGUGGCAGGUAAAGGGAUGAGAAAUUACAUUGGCGUCGGUGCAGUUGCCUGCACGUUUCGUGUAUUUCAAUGCUCAGUAGCACAGGAACCAGAAUCGGACUCUUCUCAGGAUUAUUGUUAAUACACAGUACUGUAUUUAAAUGGUUUGUUUUACGUGUAAUAUACUGUACUAUAUGUUUGCUGUACUUGCACAGUUUUUUUACAGGUUUUACUUUUUCCCAACUUGAAAUAUAGAAUUGUUUGUUUGUUUGUUUGAUGUUUUCUUCCUUUCACGUGGAUGUGUUUUUGUUUUUUCCUCUGUAAUAUUUACUCUUAGGUUUUUUGAAUUUAUUAUUUAGAAUUAAUAAUUUUCCUCUUUUGAUAAAUUGUGAAUCACAAUUUUGUUAUUGCAUCAGUCUUAAAGGACACAAAGCAUUAUCUUGUGCAUUACAAAAAUCCCAGUGCUUCUUUACGACAUCAGUCUGUCUGGAUGUUAAAAAAUAGCUUUGGAAGAAUUGAUCUGUUGUUCGGCUGCUGCCACUUUUUUCUUUUUUCAGCUUGCAGUUAGUUUAUCUACACAAGUUAGAGAAAACAGUGUUUUAUUUUCCUUUUGUUUUGAAUUUUAUUUUUGUGUCUUUUGUUUGCUUGUAUGCACGGUGUGUGAGUUUAGUAUAUAUUCAUUGAUCUCUACUGUGAAAUUCACCUUGCACAUAAUUUGACAAUUAAACAAUAAAAAGUUAAA